AUGCAUCUCCCAUCCCUCAUCGGUGCCCUACUAGCACUCAGCACCUAUGCUGCCCCCGUCACGGAUAAUGCCAGUCAAAGCGAAGUAGACAACGGAAGCAAGCUCUUCCAGCGCGACUCAUCGACAGGCCAGUUAUGCCGGGUUCUCUACAGCAGAGACGUCAACUGCCGCGCCGGGCCGGGCACGAACUACGAGCGGCGGGCGUACCUGAAUAAGGAGUAUGAGCGGGGGUAUUGGUUUACGUGUGUGAAGUCCGGCGAGUGUAUUACGCUGAAUGGGGUGCAGAAUUGUGGCUGGGAUUACUUCGAGGAGGAUAGGUGCUAUGUUAAUGGUCAUUAUACGGAUGGUUCUUGUACUCUGGCCAAACUUGGUCGCUGCAAGUAG